CUGUUGCUGUACUUUGGAGUGGUGGAUUUGUCUCUCUAGAACAGGAGUUCAAGCAGACUGACCGCUGACAACGACAAGAUGGCUGGAAUUUGUUUACUGGUUUUCAUUGCUGGUUUACUGCUGGAGGUGAAUGGACAUCCUGCUAAAUCUUCCCAGGAAAACACAGGAGCUGUGUUUUUGUCACAGCAGGUGGCCAAUGCUGUGCUGAUUCGCACGCGCAGGUACAACAGCGGCCAUCUUGAAGAAGUGUUAUCCAAAGAUAACCUGGAGCGGGAGUGUAAGGAGGAAAUGUGCACAAUGGAGGAGGCCAGGGAGGUGUUCGAGAAUGAUGAGAAAACUAUGGAGUUCUGGAAUGCCUACAUUGAUGGUGACCACUGUAAGCCACCCCCAUGCCAAAAUGGAGCCGAGUGUGAGGAUGGAAUCGGUGCAUAUACUUGCUGGUGCAAACCAAACUUCAGUGGCAAGAACUGUGAGAUAGAGGUGACCAAACAAUGUGAGGUGAACAACGGUGAUUGUGCUCAUUUCUGUGUGAUGCAGGAGGAGCGACCUGUGUGUCAGUGUGCAGCUGGUUACAUGCUCGGGGAUGACAAGAGGAGCUGUACACCAACAGAACCAUUCAGCUGUGGUCGUACGGACUCGUCCUCCCCAUUUGUCCCCAGGUCCGCCCUAACGCCACGGUCAUCUCACCAAACGAACAGCACAGAGAGACACAACAACAGCGACACCUUGCUCGAUGAGGACUUGAGCGACUUUAUAGACCAUAUGUAUGAUUACUAUGACUUGCUUUUGAAUGAUUCACACCCAUCCAACAUCACUGAAGUAUUUAAACGCUCAGUGAGGUCAGCCUCCUCUGUGAAUCCAGGAGAGGUUGUUGUGAAUGGAACAGAAGGGAGCACUGUCGCUGAAAAGCAGCUGCCUUCCUGGGCUUUCUUUCCUACACUCCCCAGCAUCACAGCAGAGGAGAACAACGACCAGAGGAUUGUGGGAGGAGACGAAGCUCGACCUGGAGAGAUACCAUGGCAGGUGACACUGAUGUCUCAGUCACCUUCCCUUGGUAGAGCACAGCCUUUCUGUGGAGGAUCUCUGCUCAGUGAACUGUGGGUCAUCACUGCUGCUCAUUGUCUGGUACAAGCUGAUAUCGCUAAACGACACUUCUUUGUUAGAGUGGGAGAAUAUGAUGUGAGCAAAGAUGAGGGUCCAGAGCGAGACCAUUUGGUGGCACAGCGGCAUAUCCAUCGCCACUACAGGUUCGAGCUGUCUCCUUAUAACCAUGAUAUCGCACUGCUGAAGCUUGCUACUCCUGUUGAGCUGUCCAGCCAUCGACGUCCCAUCUGCCUGGGCCCCAAAGACUUCACAGAGAACUUACUGAGGGAUUCCCACACCUCUCUGGUGAGUGGCUGGGGAAGGAUACAGUUCCUGGGCAUUGAGGCCACCAAGCUUCGGAAGCUAGAGGUUCCCUAUGUGGAGCGCACAGUCUGUAAACAGAGCAGCCGCGACCACGUCACCGUGAUGUUCUGCGCUGGCUACCAAAGUGAAAAGAAGGAUGCAUGCCAGGGGGACAGUGGGGGGCCGCAUGCUACCAAAUACAAAGGCACUUGGUUCCUGACGGGCAUCGUCAGCUGGGGGGAAGAGUGUGCAAUGGAUGGGAAGUACGGCAUCUACACUCGAGUGUCACGGUACUACACGUGGAUAAGUGGCAUAACAGGGAUUCGUAUUAACAAUUAACAAAGAGAGUCAGAGUCCACUACAAAGAUAAAACAGCUGUCAGCCAAAAGCUUCAGUUUCACAAUUUGUCUUUAGCCUGAGGAUGUUUGUCUGAACUAAAUCAGGGGUGAUAACCCUCAUUUUAAUUUUCAGCAUUCAAUAAAGUGUAACUUUCUAUCUGA